AUACAGGAGGAACGCGAAGUAACAGAGCUAGAAGUAGCACUCCACCGGGCACGUGCACUCUUGGGCGAGAAAGAGAUCCGACUGCGACACAUCGAACGGGCGCUGCGCCGACUGCCGGCCGCGCCGCCUCCUUUACAGGAGGCCACAACCAGCGAGGCAUCAUCAGGCAGCGAGGCAGCUCCCACCGAGGCCGGCGGCGCCGUACUGCGCUCUCUCAGAGCUCUACACGCCGACGUCAGAGAUAUAUGGCGGGCAUUGGACGCUAGACGACCUCACACUGCGUCACCAGAAACCAGUUCUUGCAACGCUGCCACUACAUCACAAACGCGCAUGACGUUAUCAGCUCCGGAACCAGUAAUACAAGACAACUCAGACGGCGGUGUCGCCGAACGAGCCAGGGGACUCAGAGCGUGGCUUCAAACUGCACCUUAAAUAGGUACAAACGACAGCACAUCUACCUAUCUCAAUCUGUCAAUUUUUUUCAAUAGAUUUUCAACUUAAUAACAAUAGUGGAAGGUUGAUGUUUGAUUGGUAUUUGACAGAUUCGGGUAGGUUGAUCUGCUGGGUUCUGUAUUUCUAACACAAUGGUAUAUACACCAGUUUAACUAGAGCCGUGUUGACAGCGCUUAUAAUGUUCUUAAAAAGUCAAAAGGGUGUAAGUAAGCGUCACUAUUGAUGUAUUGAAUGUAUGUAAAAUAAUUGUUCUAUCAUCAUGUGGUCAAUUGUGGACAAUAUGAGAAACAUCAGGUAUGAAGAUAAUGUAUUGAAUUACUUAUAACCUAAUUGUGGAUCUUGAAGUAGUCAAGAUGAAGUCAGAAGUACACUCCUUAUAAAACACAAUUGCAUCUGGAUAAUCUGAUAGCCGUAUCGAAGUAUUAGGACGGAACAAGAUUGAUAAAGAUGACUAUACCAAAACAUACAGACGAAAUUAAAUCCUCCUUCUUGGGAAUUCGUUUAAAAAGGUCCAUAAAUAUUGUUGUUAUUGCGGGAAUAUCACCUAAACCCCAAGUGUUCGCACAAAUUUGCAUUUAAAUAUCAGCAUUUCUAUUCGUUUAUUAGUUUUCCAUCCAGUAAUUGAAGUAGAUGUGUGAAAUAUUUAGUAAUGUGUGGUUGAAGUAAAAUACUAUAAAUAUAGAUAGGGGUGGGACUGACCUGACGAACCGUAUAACGAACGAUACAAUUAAUGACAGAUUCUGGAUCCAUGAUUACUUAAAUAAAAUUGUUUUUCUACAACAUUCCUAAACAUUUUCGAAUUUUGGAAAAAACGUGAC